CUUCUUCCUCUCUCUUCCACGUUGUGAGAUGAGCAGAAGUUGAACAUUUUUCCGUCAUUGAUACAGAUCAGGUGAACAUUCUGAGGAUUAUCUCAAAUACUUCACUUUUUUUUUUUACACGUUUUUAUUUCAAUACACCACGAAGGAAAACAUUCCACAUCGAUGCCAACUAAUUAAGUGGGAGGUUCUGGUCGCACAGCUGCCGCACGCGCACCGACUCAUUUGUCUGUUUAACCAACGGCGCUUUGACUAUUUGCUUGUAUCCAUACUUUGUUUUUUUUUUAACAUUUGAGUUCAUUUAACGAGGACAUUGUUGUGCCAAGGUGUGACUCAGGAUGAACGGCAACAAAAUCGAGAAGGAGAACGAGCAGAGUGAAUUCCACGAAGAAGAGGUCCGAACACUCUUUGUGAGCGGGCUACCACUUGAUAUUAAGCCACGAGAGCUCUACCUCCUCUUCAGACCAUUUAAGGGCUAUGAAGGUUCCUUGAUAAAGUUUACUUCAAAACAGCCGGUGGGGUUUGUCAGCUUUGACAGUCGAUCAGAGGCGGAGGCUGCUAAGAAUGCCUUGAACGGGGUCCGGUUUGAUCCCGAGAUCCCACAGACCCUCCGGCUAGAGUUUGCCAAGGCCAACACCAAGAUGGCCAAGAACAAACUGGUGGGCACCCCCAACCCCCUUCCCUCCCAGCAGAGCCCCGGACCCCAGUUCAUUAGCAGAGACCCAUUCUUCUUCUUCUUCUUUCCACAGAUGAGCUCACAGUGCCCGCUCUCUAUCCCAGCAGCCCAGACGUGUGGGCGUCAUACCCGCUGUACCCGGCGGAUCUGUCGCAGGCGCUCCCACCUGCUUUCACGUACCCCUCCUCGCUCCACGCACAGAUCCGUUGGCUCCCACCUGCAGAUGGAACUCCUCAGGGAUGGAAGUCAAGGCAGUUCUGCUGAAGUAUGUGUUCCUGAUGUGUGAUGGUGGCUUUGGCCAGCUGUGACGGGCGUUGCCGACUGGACCUCUCUGGUCCCCUGAGAAGCCAGGAGGACUGACGCUGGGGUUCGCGAGUAGCCAACCGUCGGCAGCCUCUGAGGACAUAGCAGACCCCCGCCUCCAUCACACAUCAAGAACCCACCUCCUCCUAACAACUUUUUUUUUCAAACUACUCCACCCUUUGUGAAAGGUUUAUGCAUUGGAAGUGUGGCUACAGCGCCUUCUAGUGGAUAUUAUUAUUAAGACUAUUACUACUAUAUACCUAUUCAUGUUAGUACAUGUUGAAGCAUGACUUUGCAAAAAAAACAAAAACAACAACGUUGUACAUUUGGAGAUAUUUUCCACAAAGGUAUUUUUGUAAUAUAAACAUUGGGCUGAAAUGUGCUAUUACAGCUCAACAUUGUUUGUUUUGUUAAAUACAUUAAAACAUGUUUCCUUUUCCCUUUCUGUGAGAGUGCAAUACCAAAGCAGUUCUCUUGGUGUGCUCUUGUUGUGUCAAAGUUACAUCAAAGCCCCUCCCUUCCCUUGAGACUCUAUAAUUAGCAAACAGCACACCAAAGGCCUUUUUAUUUGCCACUAUUUCCUUUCUGAUGCCCUCAAAGUCCCGAUUGUUAUUGUCUCUCCGACUCUUUUGUCUUUUUCUCGGAAGCCAAAAUAUUUUUUACAAUCAAAAUGUACAUACUAAUCUUACGUAUGAUGAAAAAUAACUAACAAUUUAAAAAAUGUUGCGUUCUGAUCACUAAACAAUGUUCCUUGUUACUGCAAGUACAAUCAUAUCUAUGAAGGAGUGUUAAAGCCGGAGUGUUAAAUACCAGGAAAAAAGUUGUAUUGCUGUUAAAUUAAAGUUGUAACGAGAAUAAAGAUUGCAACAAAAAAGUCAACGUUGCAAGAAAGAAAGUCAAAAUGUUUCGACAAUAAAUGAACGAAACACGUUGAUUAGGAGAAAAAAGGUGAAAUGCUUCCAGAAAAAAGUGAAUGUUUUUGUUGAGAGCAAAAGUUGUAAAGACGAGGACAAAAUUCACAAUAUAGGCAGAAAAGUUCCAGCGGUACAAAAUAACUGUCGUAAUGAAUGUACAGUAUAUAAUUUCGAUCAUGAGUCUAGUCGCAAUAAUAUAACAAAAACAUUGAAAUAUAGGGGACAAGUCUAAAUGUGUAGGGUAUAUAUGUUUAGAAAACGUAGUACAAAUCCAGUCAAAGUCCUAAAAUGACUGGAAAAAAGCUGUAUGGAAUUCAAGCUAAAAGUGGUCAUGGUACAUAAAUUGAGUUAAAAUGUUCCGAGAAAAACUGGCAAUAACUUAGUGUAACAAAAACUACAUUUUGCAAGAAAAUGGCAUACUGUUACAUUAAAAAAGUCGUAAUUUUAUGAAUAAAAUGGCAAAACCCCCACACAAAGACUAGCAGUUAUUUCAAGUUUGCUUCGAAAGUCAUAAAAGAUAAAUUUUACUCUCGCGCCUUCACUGUGUACUUUUUUUUUCUUUUUUUUUUACAAUAUCACUACUUAAGUACUGUAAAAUUCUGACUUAUUCCCAUUAUUCUCUCCCUUUUCUCUGUGGCCUUAAUACUAUUUCAGACUAGUUUGUAAUGAAUUUGAAUAUUAUGCACAUUAUCUUUGAUUUUUAUGAGAAUUUAUUCUUGUUUUUUGUUUUGAAGCAUCAACUCUAUUUGAACUUCUAUUUAUAAAGUGUGGGUGUGUUCCUGUUAUUAUCAUAGGUGUUGUUUCUCAGAUCAUUCACAAAGAAGCCAAGCAUUAUAUUAUUAUUAUUCAAUGUAUUAUAUUAUUGUAUAUCCAUUUUUUUUAGCUGUGACUACUGUAUGUAUGAUAUAUAAAUACUGUAUCAUUCACUGUGAAAUACAACGGUCCUUUUUUUUUUUCUUCCUGUUUUGGCCGCCGUAUGGUACCGCAAAAAAAAAGUAAAUAUGACAACGUUUCCUUGCUGUAUUCAAAAUGUGUGUAUUUGUUUGUGCGUGUUCACAGCAUGUGUGUGCGCGUGCGUAUGCGUGUGUUUUAUUUAGGCGCUGUAAGGAGAUUUAAUUGUUUUUGUUCUCAAAACCAAAAAAAAACAAACAUGUUUUCAUGAGUGUUUAUUGAGGUCGUGCCAUUAAAGAUCAACAAGAUCCCCAUUGA